AUGCGGGUGGGAGCUGGGGGCAUGUCUGCUGUCGCGACAUCUCCGCUCCCCUUGGACGCUGGGGCGAAACCAGGCAAGUCCAGCCUUUCCUUUCCAAUGCACGCGCUGGUCGUUAGCGGCACACACGACAGCGAUGCUGCGGAGGGCAAUGAUGAUGACGAGGCCAUCUUCCAACUUUUCUUUUGCGAGGCGCAGCUCCACCGUCACAUCUCUGCAGAGGAGAACACGCGUAACCACAUUCUCGCCGGCGAGGAAGUUGCUUUCACAAACCUGAUCAUUGAUGCCUUGCAGGCUCGCGCCGAGCUGCUGGCUGGAGACGAGGCAGCAGAGCUGGUGAUCAGGGACGCACAGAAGCGGGCAGAGGAGCGGCAAGCUAUGAUGAUGGAGAUCGAGAAAAACGUGGCUCUUCGGCUGCACGACGAGCGCAUGGCACAGCUGCUGGCUAUCGAGUUUGAGGCGCUGCUCCCGGCCCACGCUGCCGGCUACGAGCGCAUCUUUCGUGAGGAGGCCGCCGACCUUGGCGAAGUGUUUCGCUGGCACAAAGAGAACCGCCCUCUGGGAGCCGGGUGCUUCAUCAAAGCCCCGGAGGAGGAUUCUCGCCUCACGUACUCCCGUCGCGGUACCGGUGCGGCAAAGUUUCUAGGGAGUAGAUUAGCACUGGCAACAGGCGCUCAUCGUGCCUCGUGCGCGCGCAGCUCUCGAUUGUACUUGGCUCAGUUGCUACAGAAGAGUACGUCGAGUCGCUGUUCCACCACUGCGCUUGGCCCCCUGGCGAUCACCGCGGGCGGGGCCGCAGCGGCACCGGCGCCGCUGUUGGAUGGGACGCUGCCGGUGACGGAUGAGGCUCUCUUUCAGGAGGAGGGGCGGGCGCGCCUCCAGGCAGCGAAGGAUCAGCGCUAUGCAGAGCUUCGAGGACGGCGCGCUGUGAUCGAUCUUCAGGAGGCGGCCGCUGCUGCGCGUGAGAACGUGCUGGAGGAGGAAGCGAUGUGCUGGAUGCAAAUCACACGCCUCGAAGUGGAUGGCAUCUACGCUGCCCAGGAGGCGACUCGGGAACGGAAGAAGCGUGAGGCUAGCGCGGACGCCGCCACGGCGCACCGUGCAACGCAGAAGAAAGAAGUCAAGGAGCGCCUGCUACGUCAGCGCGGGCUCCCGGUACCCGAGCCAGGCGACAGCGAGGGUGAUGAUGCGGGUGUGCAGUCACACGUUUCGGGAAAGAUCACCGAAGAGGAUGCUCAGCCUCCAAAGGAUCAGGCAGCAGUGGUGGGGGAAGGUGCGCUAGAGCAGCCGAGUCCGAGGAGUUCUUCCUCCACCGUACCGGACAACUUCUCUCCGCUGAGCAAGGUGCUGGCGGAGGAUGCAAGCACAACGAUAGACGCCAACGUCGACGCAGUGGAUGACCUGGCGUAUCUGCGCUUGGUCACCGGCGAGAUUACCGACCCGGAGGCGUGCAAGCAACUCAGUGCGCUAGCGAAACGUGAGGUCGACGAGGAGAUUGAGAACGCGGUGUAG